AUGGGUCUAAUCUACAUUUAUCACAAAUCGAUUGCGAUUUUCCUUCGAGGCCUUGUUCGCUAUAGACUAGAUCUUCAUCCGAAACCAGAUGAGAUAAUAUCUAUCCCAUCGCGGGAUACUGGUCGGACCAUCAAAGCCCAUGUCUACAAACCAGUCGGGGAGAAACGGAAGCAUCCCAGUCCCGUACUGAUCAACUUUUGUGGAAGCGGCUUCGUCCUACGCACCUUUGGCUCCGAUGAUGAAUAUUGUCGAUUUAUCGCUGACAACACGGACUAUACUGUGAUCGAUGUACAAUAUCGACUUGCGCCCGAAGACCCAUUUCCUGCGGCUUUCAAUGAUGCCGAAGACGUUGUGACAUGGGUGCGAUCCUUGCCAGAACAGUUCGAUAUCUCCCGUGUCUCACUGUCAGGUUUCAGUGCAGGAGGGAAUAUAGCUCUGGCAGUGUCUUGUUCAUCCUCGCUCUUCCAAUCAGAAAACAGUCUAAAUGUAUUCCGCACAGUCAUGGCGUUUUAUGCCCCGGUUGACAUGGAUCUUCCAACACCACAAAAGCCAAUGGCAGAUCAAUCAAAUUUUAUCAUGCGAAGAAUUUUCCCAACCUUCUCCCACUUGUGUCAUAAAUGUCUGAAUUUUGCCGGUGCGGAUCCAAGGGACCAUCGAUUGUCACCGUUGUUCGCCGAUCCAAGCAAAUUUCCCCCGAAUGUGUUGAUUGUCACUGCUGCUCAGUGCUCUUUUGCAAUUGAGGCGGAGAAAAUGGCGGGAAAUAUUCGUAAUGUUGAUGGCAAAUACGUUGUCUGCGAGAGAAUGGACAGUUGUGCCCAUGGCUGGGAUAAGGAAGCUAUUCGAGGCACACCACAGUGCGACGCGAAAGACAAGGCAUACGAAAUGGCUGCAGAUAUGCUGCGAAAAAGAGGAAAGCGGAGCUGA